UAUAGCCUAAGGAAAAUGACAGAUGUUGUAGCUGUUUGGGAUGUUAUAUUAAGUGAUGGAAUCCACAAGAUUGAAUUUGAACAUGGGACCACAUCAGGAAAACGAGUUGUAUAUGUGGAUGGGAAGGAAGAGAUAAGAAAAGAGUGGAUGUUCAAUUUGGUGGGCAAAGAAACCUUCUAUGUUGGAGCUGCAAAGACCAAAGCCACCAUACAUAUACUUUCUGACGAAGGUUAUGUUUUUAAAUAUAUCCUGGAAAUUGAGAGGAAAAGCUUCAUAAAGUAUGUAGAGAACAGAUCAAAAACCACCAUCACCUGGGUACUGCACUUGGAUGGCGAGACCUUUAGAAUUGUUUUGGAAAAAAACAGUAUGAAUGUGUGGUGCAACGGUGAAGUAAUAGAGUCAGCGGGCGAGUUUGUAGAUGAUGGGACUGAAACACACUUCAGUGUUGGGAGCCAUGACUGUUACAUAAAGGCCAUCAGCAGCGGGAAGAGGAGAGAAGGGAUCAUCCAUACCCUCUUUGUGGAUAACAGGGAGAUCCCAGAGAGCCUUCAGUGACUGCUCGUUAAUGAGUUCUGAGCUGAAGAGGAGACAUCAGGACUUGCUAAUGGCUUUGGUAAUUAAAUGUGUUCACUCUGUACAUACUGGUAGAUUGUCUGCAAUGUUUUUACUUUUAUCUUUUGUUACUUGAAACUGUAAUAUUCCAAUGGUCA